AUGGCAAAGAUAUUACAAAGAUGGUCUUCACAAGAAGAUAGGGAUCAGGCUGGUUGUGUAUGGGGUUUGAUCAGUAUAUUUGACUUCCGCCACGGUCGAUCCACCAGAAAACUGCUCGGAGAUAGAAGGCGAGUGAGCAAGUUAGCUGUUGGAUCAUCCCGACUUUAUACACAUCCCACCUCAAAAUGUCAAGAUUUUGAGGACGGUGAAGAAAGUAAGAUGGCAGAGGCUCAGGUUGUCAAGACAAGUGUGAAGGAACUUAUGAAAGAAGAGAUGUUCAACAGCUCAAAGAACCAGGCAAAUGAGUUUGAAAUAAAUCUUCCGCAAAUUGAUUCAGAACCCCAUAUAAAGAAGAAUCAUAAGCAAGGAAACAGAAUUUGCAGGACACUUAGUUGUGAUAUGGAUGUUUCUGAGUUGGAUACAGAAAAAUGCUUGAUGCCUGAAAACUUUCGUAAAGUUCCUGAGCAAAAGCCUUCAGAUAUGUUUGACAUGGAAUCAUUAAUGGACGAGUUGUCCCGGAUUCAUCAGAAAAGUACAAGCUGCAUGAAUCAUGGUCUUCAUAAUGACCUCGAUAUGCCAUCUGGACUGGAGUUCUCAACUGUUGAAGCAAAAUUAGUUGAAGCAGUGAAGGUGUUUAUAGAACACAGGCUGAGUAAUGGUAAAGGUUUUGGGGAAGAAGGGAAAAUCCAUUUUUCUGAAGAAAUGAUGGAUGCUCUGCAAACAUUAAGUUCAAAUAAGCCAUUGUUCUUGAAACUGCUUCAAGAUCCAAAUUCUGUACUUGUGAAGCACAUCCAGAAAUUGGAGGAUGCGCAGUUGGAGAAAGUUCAGAUACUUGGUUCUGCUUCGGUAUCCAAUUUGUCGGAAGAGAAACAAAUCAACUCAAAAUCUGAUGAUUUAGUUAGUGUUAGACACCGUAAAUUCUUCCGUAGAAGGAGAAAAUCUCUGGAAAGCUACCCCUUGGAAGGAAAUGAGACCUGUGAAGCUUCAAGUAAAAUUGUCAUCUUGAAGCCUGGACCGGCAGUAUUCCAAAACCUUCACACUGAUGUCGAUCAGUCGCAUUACACCAUAGACAAUAAAGUGCGGGAUGAGAGAGGUAAAUCUCAGUUCUCUUUUACUGAAAUUAGAAGAAAGUUGAGGCAUGCAAUGGGAAAGGAAAGAUGGGGGAUCUCACCGAAUGGUCUCAUCCUUAAAUUUCCAUCAAAGCGCCAAAAUGAGAAGGAUAGUAAUAAAGGCUCCAGUGGAGAAAACGUUGGCUGGAGUUCUCCAAAUAGGAACCAUUUCUAUACUGAAAGAUUUGGGAAAUCUUCCACUGGCUAUAAGAGGAGUCAACACGUUGGGAAAACAAAAGAUAAUUUCUCGGUAAUGGCAAAUGAAACCUCUCAAAAUCCCAGGAAAGGGGUGCCUAAAAUCUAUAACAAAGAAAAGAAACAUCUUUCUGAGAUGCUGAACAAUGAGGAUGAUAAUGCAGAGCCAGUGAGCAGGUACUUACCUAAAUCUCUGGGUCGGAUUCUCUCCCUCCCUGAGUACAAUAGUUCUCCUUGCUGCAGUUCCAGAGAGUACAAUGAUGACACCAUCAUAGCUGUCCAUAAGAGGUUAUCUCCUCGUGGCAUGGUUAAUGACAUGAAUCAUCUUGUGCAAGAAAUCUAUGACAGUCCACCGGGUCCAUCUAAGCAAAAUUUAGAGAGCCAACCUCGUAACGGUAUUAACAAUCCCAGUGAGAAAGUACCAUCUCUUAAUACAAAUACUCUGUUCAAAGAUAAUAAAAUAGAAAAACAAUGCCUCACCGAAGAUGUUAUAAAUUCCGAAGUUCCCAGUUCUUUUUCAAGAUUUGUGGUGAUAGAAGACACAUCUGAUAUAAGGCCGCAGGAAGAAGAAAAAAAUACAAUAAUUUCUUGUGUAUCGACUAUCAAUUCAAUCGGUAGAGACAUCCAGUAUGAUUCUAUUGAUGAAGUAGAUGAUGGAGCAAGUUCUUUCCAAUGCUUGAAAUCGUAUUCAAUUGGAAGGGAUGACUUAUUUUCGUCUCCAACAUUCUGUCCCCGGAAUGUGGAAAAUCCUGAGAAUAAAAUUGAUAAAAUGGAGGGACCAAGUCCCAUAUCUGUUCUUGAGCCAUUAUUGACCGAAAAUGAUAUCAGUCUUAUGAGAGCCUUGUCUCAACAAGAUGGAACAGAAAUUCAACAGCAGCAAAUACAUUUUGGAGAACAAUCUUCUGCUAGCGACCAAAUUUGUUUAAUAACUUGUAUGGAGGCCGAGGAAUCUGCAUAUGAAUACGUGGAAGCAGUAUUGUUAGGGUCGGGGUUGAGCUGGGAUGAUUUUCUUCUGAGGUGGCUUUCUUUGUACGAAAUUCUUGACCCAUCGUUGUUUGAUGAAGUCAAGUUAUUUCCUGGUCAAUCUUGCCAUGAUAAAAAACCCCUCUUCGAUUGUACUAAUGAAGUUCUAGAGGAGCUGUGCGAGAGUUAUUUUGGAUGCUUUACAGGGGUAUCAUAUACUAAUCUGAAUAUUCGGCCAGUCCCAAAGAGGAUGGAUCUUAUUCAAGAGGUAUGGAAACAAGUCGAGUGUCAUCUAUUUCAGCAUUUCCCUCCUCAUUCUCUGGAUCAGUUUAUCGAGAAAGACAUGGCAAAAUCUGGAAAAUGGAUGAACAUUCGAGUAGAUAUUGAGCAUAUUGGUAUUGAAAUGGAGGAGACCAUUUUUGAUGAAUUGGUCGACGACACCAUACUGAGCUUUGCAGAUUAUAUUUCCGGCAUCGACUCACCACAUAUUCAUUUACCCAGAAGAUCAGAUAUAGUUUGGAUUUCUUAUGACAGAGAUGACUGUAGAAUCAGAGUUUUCCUAGUCGAAGUCAAAAAAUAA